CGUCAGACGAGCUGCAGACGCCGUCGCGUCGAUCGCACUCUCUGCGCGGAAGGAACAGAAAGAAGAGGCGCUCGCGUGUGCCCUCCGCUGCUGCAACGAGCUCCGCACAAACCGGGACUACGCUAUUACCGGAGAAGCCGAAGCGGAGGGGGGGAAAGAGAUCGCCUCGUUUCGGACGUCCCAAACGCGGAAACGCGGUCCCCCGCGAAGACCCCCCUCGUCCACUUACAACCUGCGCGCGCGUGUGCUCCCCAGUCAUCGCUGCAACGUCGGAGCUCCACGUGCGGCUUCGGAUAUACCGUUUCUCUUGGACUACGCUCCGGUGUUGAGGACGCCUGAGGAUUUCCGACGAGCUCAGAGUGGUAACUUUGCUGCAGUUCGUUUGAGGAGGUGGUGAAUCUUGGACGGCGGCGUUGGCUGUGUGUGUCCGACUCGUGAACGCCGAAACAGAGGAAGGACUACGGCCUGGAUAAAAACGAGAGCUCAAACAAGCGAGCUCUGGAAGUGCGCUUGAACCAACCCCGGCCGCCGUGCUGGAAGCGAAGCAGUGUUCUUCACCGAUUGGAAGAGCCGAGAUCCAGACGAAGGAGAGGGGGCUGACUCUCAGAAGCCGACACCAGACAUGGACGUAGACAGCGUCGCGCUCGAGUCCUUCCUCGAGCUCAAUUUUCCGUCCGAACUCAACUUCGCAACACCGAUCGAGUAUCCAUCCUUCAACACCACCAAUGCCGUCCUGCAAACGACGGCACCGACAACGGCACAGCAGCCGACGGCGUCUUCCUUGCCGGGCAGCGUCUUGGCGUUCCAGAUGACCCAGCCCGUUCAAACCAUGGACGUUGUCGCUGGCACCGUCUCAAGCACCGUGGCUUCGGCCACGUCUUCGUCUCCACCAGUCGUCCAGUCCGCCACCGGUCGUCCCCAGCGGUCUUGUCGACUGAACCCGGACUACAACCUGAGGCCCCGGUCGGUCCAGAUUCGCAUCGAGACGGAACAGAGGCGCAAACAGCAGCAGCAACAGCCUCAGCAGCGAAGUCACAAGCGGGAGCCCAAGCCGAAGCAGAAGCCACCGCCGCUGUCCAAGUACAGGAGGAAAACGGCAAACGCUCGCGAGCGGUGCCGGAUGCAGGAGAUCAACCGGGCCUUCGAAGAGCUGAGGGCCGCCGUACCGGCAUUGCCUCCGGACUGCGUGCCGGACAAGAACGGAGACAGCAGCAAGCUCACCAAGAUCACCACGCUGAGGCUGGCGGUGAACUACAUCGCCGCCCUGUCCCAGAUGCUGAGGGAGGCCAACGAGUCCGAGGAGAAUUCUUCCGAAGUCGACUCGGUGCAGAGCAUUGACUCGCUCGAAUCGAGUCUCGACUUCGGCGACGACCCGCUGCUGAUGAGCACCGAUCUCGUCGGCAUGAUCCUCGAGUCCGACGGCGAGAGCCUCCAGCUCAGCGACGCCCCGACGCCGUGAACUGGCCCGCGAGAAACGUGUGCUGGACGUGACUCCAAAGCCAGCGGUGAUGUGUUGUGCAUGCUUCCAUGUCUACGGGACGUACGCGCAGUGACUAUUGCUGAUGUAAGAUGGAGCAGCCCAAACCGAAGAUGAGCCGAAUUUUCCGAACUUCCCUUGGUGCUUUCAGAACGGGGCUACACUGCUGAAUAUCGUGUCGCGUCCUGAAUCACACGCACGACUCGUCGAUCCAGUUUCCGUUAGACGGAGCUCAAGGGAAGAAGGACAUUGUGUCUGCUAAACCGUUCAUUUUUCGCGGAGCAGGAUCUCCAAGAAGAUUGCUACGCUUUCGCGCAUGUAUCCCAACGAAAUAACUUUUUUUGUUUUCUCAAGUGAUAAUCUGUGGGCGAGAAUGUGCCAAGUACGGUGAAUAAGCAAUUCCAUGAAGUACUGGUUUUGUUGUUCCACACGUCUGGCUCACGUAUAGCAGUGCCUUAGGAUACUGAGUCGAGAAUCUCAUCUCAUUUUCAGAUGCGAAUAACAGUUAGCGCAACGUUUAGUUAUAGGCGCACAAACGCUAUGUCGAAAACUGUUUUGGAACUUGCUUGCUUGCCAUGAUAGACACGUUUGUUAGAACGCUACAAUGCAGCUUCAAUCUCGAUGCUCACAUUGAAGAGUGGAUUCUUCAGCCGUGCCAUAACGUAAGAGCUGGGGAAGCCACUGCCUGUGCCAUGACCUAUACUUUACAAGCGAGUCGCAUAUGUCCCCGCUCAACGGUGAACAUGCAAUCUAGUCCGUCCAAAAGGUACUUUGUUACGCCUUCUACGUCUGCUGACGUUGGAUGUGGGAAUGGACAGCGCUUGCAGAUGUAAAGCUAUGAAUAGGAUCGGGUUUCAGUGUAAGAACAGAAAGCCUCGUGGGGCAACUACAAAUUCGCUUCCUCGUGUGCUUGCCAUAAUCGAUGACUAUCCGUAAAUUUAGUACACCUGUGGGCGCGUAAAUUGAGAGGAUAUGCCCUCACAACUGCCAUGCUUGACAGAAACAAAAGCGUUGAAAAGAAAUUUGUAUCUAUCAUGACUACGUGAAAGUUGGCGAAUGCAAUUGGCUGGCCCAACCACACAAACUGUGUUCAAAAUAUUUGCCAUUGCGUCAUUGGGUUGCCAUUCAUUACGAAUAGUUCUAUUUUUUAAGCUGUGAAUUGUCCCUGGCACUUUCAUAGGAACCUGCUGCGAAGACAUUGAAGGGAAAAAAGCCUGCUUUUGAAAAGGUUUUGUCGUCCCAAAAAAUCUACAUGUGUAAUCCACUGGUACACUUAUUAUGCAUAUCACCACAAGUGUGUUUCAUUUCUCUGCUAUGACAAACACUCUAAUCGGCAGCGUUUAGCGGAAACAUAAACGUAGCUAACAAUGCAGACAGAGUAGUGGCAAAUAGUGACUUAUGUGCAAUCACGCUUUGAUGCUAAGAACUUUUCCUGAGCGCUCAACAAUCGUUAUGUUUCGAGGAACUAAACGAAUGCAUACCGUAUCGGACAGCGCUACAGUCAUUCAUGCAUCUCCGUCCACGUUUUGCCAAUAACAUGAUAUUUUUGCUGAAAGCAACAGAGCCUAUAGCUUCGAUUUUGUAUGAGAUUCAAUAUGCAUUCCAGCCUCAGUGGCUUCUAUCUACCAGCGAAAGAGCAUUGAUGUACACGCGACGUAUAGUUUGUGUUUUAGCGCAAGCUUUCGGUCACAAACAGGACGUAUUCGUUGAAAACACGCUGGCCGUGGAUUUCAAAGGGGCGUUCCUUCUUGAAGACAGGACGAAGAACUUUGCUGCGAUGCUUUCUACAAAAUGCCUCUCAGAUCAGCUGAUGUGUGAAGCCUGCACUUUUUUCUUUGUAUUCCUGUUCUGUAUUAUAAGAAUGAAUGUAUGAACCAGGCUGUGUGAGAUUUUUUGUUUGUUUUAUCAUGGAAAGACGUGAAAGAUAACAUGAAGUAUGUCGACAGUUUAUCAGUUCAGUAAUGCACCAACCCUUUGUGUUUCAACCCUUCACCGAGGGACCGUGACUUCCUGCUGUUGCUCAUGUAUGCAGAGACGAUGACAAUUCCUUCGGGAGCCCAGUAUAAUUUUGAACAACACUUGCACAAAAAUACAAGGCUGAUUUAAUGUACAUCACGAAGACUGUAUAAGCAAUCAUGGGUAUUUGUAGCCGCCUGCGCAGCAGCGCAGAGUAGGAGAGUAUUAUGUUAAUUGAUGUUUCUGAUAUAAUUAAGCGUAACUGGCGAAACUAACACUAGGUAUUUUCGAAGCAGUUGACUUGCCUAAAUGGCUUUUUCUUGUUAACAUGAUACGAAGCUUGGCUGAAAGGAGUUUUAUUCUUUUGCUUAAGAUAUUCGCAGCCGUCACGAUGAAUGCUUCGCACAGAAACGAAAAAAACUUCAGAGAUACCGGUACAUAAAAAUAAGUUUCGAAAUUAUAUAUCCACGCAUUUUCCUUGGACGCGAAAUCAAUUUAUUAUGGCUACCACUGGAGAUAUUUAUGUGCAAUACAUUGAAAUAAAGAUAAAGUAGCCUUCAAAUUGUUUGUUCGUAUGAUGGUUCGUUGUGUGACUGAAUAUGCAUGUUAAUGAAUGUUCGAGACCCUCGUUAAAGACCGGGCCCAAAGCAAUACGCAAGAUAGCAGAAAUGCUCAGCUUCAGAGUUAUACCGGUGUGCUUCCAAAAGGUGUCAGUGUUGUGUAUGUUUUGUGUAAAGAAAUUUAGGCUAUGUAAAGUGUGACACGUUGCGCCAAUCUCGCGAAUAUGCCGGUGAAUCUCUUCUUUUUCUUGUGCAUCGUCAUGUUUCUUGUUCGAUGAUCUUGAACAGCUCACUGUUUUUCGUGCAAAUGUGUUAUUCUCGUUAAGUACAGCUGAAAGAAACGACCCAACCGUGUUCUCGUUGGAACCUUGUUCAUAUUUUUUUCGAAAUUGAGAAACAUGUUUCUCUCUUUCAAUAUUAUAUCUAUAUUUUUUUUGGAAAUGACAGAACAAUAAAGAAUGUUUAUAUAAAUGA